AAACAGUCUGUUUCUCUUACCGUGGUUCCAUGUCCUGUUCCCUUUGUGACAGCUCUAUUUUCAAAUCCGGAUGACUGAGAAUUUACACCGAUCUAAGUGUCCCCAUCGAUAUGUCCCCUGUAGCUCGCCUGGUGUAAUCUGGGAUGGACUCCAGCACUCUGUGACCCAGAGCACGUCUACACAGAUCUAGAAGAUGGAUGGCUGUCCUGGCUGCAGGCUCGACAAACCUUUGGAGAAAUACCCAUAAAUACCUCAGAUUUUCUCUUCACGUAGCCAAGCCAUAUGCAGGCGUCUGUGCUACACCUGGUGGAGAAUGCAGUUGGUUGUCUUUGUGGUGGUGCUAGCCCUGGGGAAGGGAUGCUUCAGCUGCAACCUGAAAAAUGUCAGCAUCCCCAUGGAGAGAUGCGGUCAGGAGGUGUGCAUCCACACCACAAUCUGUGAAGGGCUGUGCUACUCCCAGGAUCCUGUCUUUGAAAGCCCUGAAGAGGCGCCUGAGCAUAAGAUCUGCAAAGGGGACUGGUCCUACGAGGUGAAAAACAUCGAGGGGUGUCCAGGAAGCAUCACUUACCCUGUGGCUACAAACUGCUACUGUUCCACAUGCAACACAGAGGACACAUACUGCGGCCGCUUUUAUGGCCACAUACCCAGCUGCUAAACUACUCCUUUGGUCAGCAAACAUAUACUUAUUAUUGUACCUCUUUGUCUGACACUGAA